AUUUUAAAUGGUUCUUAAAUUUGUAUCUAUUAUUGUUGAAUCAAAAUUAUUAUCAUGCUAUAUUAAUUCUUUAAACUAAUUUCAAUAAACAAUGUUGUUUAUACGUGCAUGUUGAAAAGAUUUUUUCCUAUAGAUAUAUAUGAUAUUUUUAAAGAGGUAUUAUUACUGGAAAAAUCAUGUCGAGUAUACGAUGGGCCUUUAACAUAUCAAGAUGGGAACCUACAGAAACAGAAUUUACUUUAGCGUCUUCAUGUUUACAACAAGAAGAGAAAAACCGCAUUGGAAAAUUUAUUUUCAAAAAGGAUAUUAAAGCUUCUUUAGCUGGUCGAUUGAUGAUUAGAAAAUGUCUUAGUGAAUAUACUGGAGUACCAUAUAAUUUAGUAGAAAUCUCAAGAGAUGUAAACGGUAAACCCAUUUAUAAAGACAAAAAUUCAAAAUUACCAUCAGUAAGUUUUAAUGUUUCUCAUCAUGGUUCAUUCACGGUUUUCGCUGGUGAAUAUAAUCACAGUGAUAUUGGAAUAGAUGUUAUGAAACUUGAAUAUAAUGGAAGAAAAUCUCUCGACGAAUACUUUCAAGUAAUGAGUAGAAACUUUUCUUUAUUAGAGUGGAAAAAUAUAAACGGAACUUUGAAUACGACUGAACAAGAAAAAAUUAAAAUGUUUUGUAGAAAUUGGGCUUUGAAGGAAAGCUAUGUGAAAGCUGUAGGCUUAGGACUGAAGAUUGAUUUAUGUCAAUUGAAUUUCGAUAUCCAUUCAGAUUUAAGCAUUGAUAAUAUAACUACAAAUACUUCACUUUACAUAAACAAUGCUUUACAAGCUUGGAAAUUCGAAGAAUCGUUAUUAGAUCCUUUGCACUGCGUUAUUGUUGCGCUGAAAAGAACGACACUUCAAGAAGACAUUAAUAAGAAUGAAGCAGUUUUUAAACAAUUAACAUCGAUUGACUUAUUAGAAUCAGCUAUUCCAAUUUUACCACCAGAUGACCAAUAUACCAAAAAUUUCUUUAGUAAAUUAUAAAAUAAUUAUUGAAUUUAACAAUCACAAAGUAUUGUAAACUAUGAAAGUGAUUAUUCCAUAUUUAUAUCAUCUAAUGUUGCUUUUUUUAAAAAAACGUUUUUCGGUGAUUUUCUUUGAUGGUUUCCAUUUAUUUCUGAAGGGAUACCCGAAUAUUCUACACUGGAUAAUCACCGAUAUAGCUAUAAACAUAAUUAUUCGAAUUUCUAAUACAAUUGUUGAAUAUAAUAAUUAGGUACACUAUUGUACACAAUUUUAUGAAAUAUAUAAGUGAAAUGAUUUUUCACAUGUUACUUCGUCUUAGCCAGCCAGAUUGGAG